UAUCACAACAAUUUUCGCCGCGAACCAUGAAACAACAAGAUAUUGUCGAAUUUUUUUCUGAAUUCAGAAAAGUCCGCUGAUGUACCACAAAAAUAUCCAACUAUCCGGCCCGAAAAUAUCCAGUGAUAAUUUUUAAAAUCAUAAAUAAUAAAAACGCACGUCGUGAUCUUGAAAAGCUAAAGAAAGUGAGAUGAUAUUUCCUUCGAUCGGGUUAUGAUAAGUUCUCUUGGUGUUGUCGGUGUCGGUAUUUUGUGAUAAUCUGUUGCACUUUUGAGGUUGAUUUGAGGCACACAAAAAACAAGAUACAACAACAGUGAGAAGGUCGCCGGUAAACAGCAACAAAGUAAACGCGAUGCAUUAGUGUGAGUGUGAGUGUUUUGUGUGUGCGUGUGUGGGGGUGUCAGCGUUUGCCCGAAAAUAUUUACCGUUCAAACAACAGCAAAAGCCGGCAAAAGAGUCGCUCUCUCUCUCUCGUUGUAUCGGUUGUACUCCCGCUGUGCAAAUUGCUCCCCGCCGCCACGCACUAUUGUGAUAAGCUUUUUCCGGGUUAAAAACAAAAAAAGCAACAACAUGUGUGCCCCCAUACAAAAAACACCUCAGCAGCAACAAUGUCCGCCCUGCAAAAGAAGACCAGCAACAAACGCCCUCCUCGUGAUACUCAGCUUCGUCCUGGUCCUGCUCCUGCCCAACCACCCAGUGACGGCCCAGGAGGGCAUCGCCCCCGUCUCACCACAGGUGGCCGCUCUUGCAGCCCCGAGUCCCGCUGCCGUGGGCGCCGCCCCCUCCAUCCUCGAUCAGUUCAGCCCCAAUUGCAGUGCCGUGACGCACAUCUUCCAGGGUAGGGGUAUCGAUGCCAAUGAGAUACCGCAAAAACCAAGUAACGAACGCGUCCUGCGCUACUGCGAGUCCCCGUCGGUGGGAACCUGCUGCACCUACAACAUGGAGACCCGCAUGGCGAUGCAGUCGCGCCAGCAGCUCGAGGGCCACACCAAGGAGCAGAUCACGCGAAUGUCGGGCAUACUGGGCAGCAAGGCCGUCAAAUUCAAUGAUAUUUUCAGCGAAUUGCUGGUGGAGUCAAAGGCCCAGUUCCACACGAUGUUCAUGCGUACCUACGGAGUGAUCUACCAGCAGAAUUCGUACGUCUUCUCGGAUCUGUUCAAGGAGCUGGAGAACUACUUUGCCCGCGGCCGAGUCGAUCUGAUGGAGGUCAUGGACAAGUUUUUCAACACGCUCUACCAGAAGAUGUUCACCGUCCUGAACACCCAGUACGCCUUUGACGAGAAGUACAUGCGGUGCGUCAGCGAGCAUAUGAAGGAGCUGAAGCCAUUUGGGGAUGUGCCGGACAAGCUCUCCGUUCAGAUCAAGCGAUCCUUUGUGGCCACUCGCACCUACGGACAGGCCCUGGCCACGGCUGCCGAGGUGGCCAAGAAGGUGCUCAAUAUCCGACUCAAUGCCGACUGCACGGGCGCCCUGACCAAAAUGCAACACUGCGGGGCCUGCAAGGGAUACACGGAGAAGCCCUGCACCAACUACUGCGUGAACGUGAUAAAGGGCUGCCUCCACUACCAGCACGAGUUCGACGGCGAGUGGGAGAACUUCGCCCUGGCCAUGGACAAGGUGGCCGAGCGUCUACUGGGCUCCUUCAACAUUGUCAUGGUCGUGGAGCCCCUGAACAUCAAGAUAUCCGAGGCCAUCAUGAACUUCCAGGAUUCUGGCCAAGACAUCACCAACCGCGUGUUCCAGGGCUGCGGCAGACCCACUCUAAGGCGAGCCAAGCGCUCCGCUCACCCCAAGCUUCAGGCAGUCCAAGAACUCCAUGUGGAGAGCCCCGCCGAGGCGGACACCCUGGACAUAGACGCCACGCUGGAUGAGGCGAUUGUGCUGAGAGAGCGGAGAGCUGCAGAGCCCGGCUCCCAGGAAAGCUCCGCCCCACCGCAGUCCCAGUCCCAGGAGCAGGGCGUGGGCGGGGGCGGGGGCAAGAAUGGUGGAAACGGGGGCGGUGGCAACCAUCGUCGCCAACAGCAGCGUCGGAAGCAGCAACAGCAGCAGCGAAGGAAGCAGCAGAACAACCGCAACGACAACGACAACGACGACGAUGAGAACGAGAGGGGAGGCGGUGGACGCGAACCGAUACUGGACAGGAUCGUGCGGGACAUACGGCAGCGGGUUAAGGACUACAAGAAGUUCUGGUCGAAUCUGCCGCACUCCAUAUGCAGCAAUGAGGACAUAGCUGCCAGCUCCGAUGUGGAUGUUCUGUGCUGGAAUGGACACACCAUCGAUAGGUACAUGCAUUCGAUCACCACGGAGCACGGCUCCAACCCGGAGUUCAGUGGCAACCCAGCCAACACCCGACAAACGGCUCAGAUGUCCUCGCAGCUGUUCCUUCUGAAGAACGCCGUCAGCCACCUGCGCAACGCCUACAACGGUCAGGAUGUGGAGUGGAGUGAGCAGGAAGAGCCGUAUUUGGGCAGUGGAGCUGGUUCGGGAUCCGGUUCGGAGGAUGACGAGGACGACGACGAAGGCUCUGGCCUGGGUCCUUUCGAGCCGAGCCACAAACCUGACGUGGACCGACCCUCGGUGGAUGCCGACAACGACGACGACGAGGACGGCCAUCCUCAGAUUCCCACACACACUUCCCGGCCAAAUGUGGACGACAAAAAUCCCAUGGUCCACCCUACGCACUUCGACCAUAACGAUCUCGACGAGGAUCAGCAUGGCGAGGGAGAUGACGAGGACGAGGAGCUGGAGGGAGCCCGGGGUGAUGGCGAUUCCAAUGCCGAUGGCGAUGCCACUCGCUCGUCCAGUGCACCAGAGAAGAUGACGCUACGUCGCGCUCUGGUUGUCUACUUGCUGCCCCUCUAUAUGGCGUGGUUCGGCGGCGUCUGCGCCGAUUUGCUGUGAUUAUUCAAUGUGCGACCUCGCAACCUGGAGCUCCCGCCUCCCGCCCCCACACCUCUCAGUCAUUCAUCCGUGAAACAAAAGAAAACGUUAUUAGGAGAACUACACUUUAUAUACGAAAUGCGAGUCCAAAAUUUUAUAAAAACUUUUGAUGGAUGGCAAUCAAAAUGCAAUCAAUCGGGAUAGGAUUAGGUGUAAGCGUGCCAGCCUAGGAGGAUAAGAAUUUAGAGGAGGAGAGAGAAUACGUAACGAUCCCCCAUCAUAUAGUUCAGUAAGAGGCCCCCCUCCCACUCCCCCUGCCUAGGUCUAAGUGCGAAAUUCUAAUUUAUAAGUGAAACGAGAGAGCGCGCGAGUGUGCGAAUGAGUUGAGUAAGUGAAAGCGAACGUGAAUGAAUGCGAGUGCGAAUGUGAGUGAGUGCCUGUUCAAUGUGAUCGUGAUCGUUUAGCAAAAAUUAAACAUAAACACUGUAGCCCCUAGAGACCUAAGCGACAAGCACACACCUACACACCUAUUUAUAAUUUGUAUUAUAUUUAUGCAUAUAGAGCACAGCACACACCUCUGUCUCAGAAUGAAAUCCAUUAACCCGAACAAGAAAAGCAAUAACUACAUAAUGACCCCCAACCUGAGUUAACCCUUAGUUGACUUAUCGUGUGGCCAUAGAAAAGGGUCUGUCCCCUCAUUUGUGUCGUUCACAGACACAUUUGCCAGAAAACAAACGCAUUUCAACUAAACACCCUUCGUAAGCC